AUGGCUCUACCGUUUGUAGAACAGCGUCCGCCAGUCCCACAGCAGUUCCAAAACCUGAAAUCACUGAUUGAGUCUGAAUUUCGCAGUGCAAUCCUGCAGUUUUACAUGAAUGGCAAGGAAAUCGAGCUAGAGAAUCCAAAUCCAGAUUGGACACUUCUAGACUUCAUCAGGUCUCGGCAUAAUUCUAAGGGCACGAAGUUGGGAUGUGGUGAAGGUGGCUGUGGAGCGUGCACAGUUGUCCUACAAAGCGUGGAUUCUAAGAACAAAAACAGACUAAAGCAUCUCGCCGUGAAUGCUUGCUUGUUUCCUUUGGUUGGAGUUGUUGGUAAACACCUCAUCACCAUUGAGGGCCUCGGUGACUGCCAUACUCAACAUCCACUGCAAGAAAGAAUAGCAAGGCUUCAUGGAUCGCAAUGUGGUUUUUGCACACCUGGCAUCGUUAUGUCUCUCUACGCCAUGAUUAGGAAUGCCUGGGACUCUGAGCUAAAGGCCUUCCGUUUGUCAGCGAGUACUAUCGAAUUGGAAGGACAUCUCGACGGAAAUCUAUGUCGCUGCACUGGUUAUAAGCCAAUACUCGCUGCAGCAAAAACUUUCAUUGUGGAAGAUCUGAAAGGUAAGAUCGUUCACGAUGACACCGAGGCUUUGUCUCCUGCGGCCGGUGUCGAUGACGAGUCCAUACUGUCGGAACAAAUGUCGCAGGCCACGAGAAGAUCGCCCGGCUCAUGCGGACGCCCUGGCGGAUGUUGUAAGGACAGGCCCGAAGACCUUUCCAAUACCGAGUUGCUCUGCAAUGAUACUUCUGAAGGGAGCCGUAGCAACUUGUCGUCCGAGGUCGAUUCUGCGCAGGACUCCGGGGCAUCGUCAACGAGUCUAAGGCCGUCAGAUGAAACCAGCACCACAGCUGAAGCUCCUUACGGAGUGCCCAUUAAAAACAGGGAUCGUGAACCACCUCCUGGGGAAGAAGGAGAAGGGGUCAAGGCACCAACAGAUGUGGAUGCUAGGCCUGUAACAGCUGCUCCUGCUACCAGGCCUAACUCGGCUCUGAAGACGUAUGUUCCAACCUCGGAAUUAGUUUUUCCUUUCGCCUUGAGAAAAUUCCAGCCUCAGCCAAUAUGUUACGGGAAUUCCGAGAAAAUUUGGCUGCGACCUACGUCUUUAGCUCAACUUCUGACCAUCAAGUCCAUGGAACCCACUGCGAAGCUAGUUGGAGGUUCUAGUGAAGUUCAAGUUGAGAUCCGUUUCAAACACUCACAUUUUGCUGUCAUGGUUUAUGUAGCAGAAAUCCCGGAUCUGCUUCAGGUUGAGCCUGUAGAUGACGAUCAAAUUGAGACCAUGAAGGAAUUGAAAUUUGGGGGAAAUGUUACCCUCACAGACCUGGAGGUUAUUUGCAAAAGACUAUAUCAGAAACUUGGACAAAGAGGCCUUGUUCUAGAAGCUUGCAGGAAGCAAUUGAGAUACUUUGCUGGUCGACAAAUUCGAAAUGCAGCAUCUAUUGCUGGAAACUUGGUCACUGCAUCCCCGAUCUCAGAUAUGAAUCCUGUGUUAAUGGCCGCAGGAGCAACAGUAAUAGCGAUCAGCAAGCAACGAGGCGAAACAGUUCUGCCUAUGGAGAAAUUCUUUCUUUCAUAUCGCAAAACAAGUCUCCCAGUUGAUGGUAUCAUUGGGAGAAUAAAGAUUCCCAUCCCUCCAGUUGGGGUAUACGAAGUCAUGAAAGCAUACAAGCAAGCGAAAAGAAAAGACGACGACAUUGCAAUUGUGACUGCAGCUUUCAGAGUGAGACUUGGUGCGGACGGCAAAGUUGAGGAAGUCGCCUUGGCGUACGGUGGCAUGGCGCCAACGAGUCUUCUUGCUGCUCAAACCCAACGUGAGCUCCAUGGGCUGACGUGGUUUGACGCCCAAACACUCAAAAGGGGCCUCCAGUCUCUUCGUCGAGAACUCAACCUUGAAUAUGGUGUUCCGGGAGGGAUGGCAACCUAUCGAAUUACUCUUGCUUUAUCAUUCUUCUUUCGUUUCUGGCACGAAGUAGUCGCAGAACUAAAGCUUGGCAACGUUGACGGAGAGCUGAUUAACGAGAUUCACAGAGGGAUUUCGUCCGGCACCAGGGACGACUUCAAUCCACACGAACAGCGAGUGGUAGGGAAGCAAAUCCCUCAUUUAUCAUCGGUGAAGCAGAGUACUGGAGAAGCGGAAUAUGUUGACGACAUGCCGCGACAAGACCGUGAGCUACAAACAGCAUUCGUGUUCUCCCAGCGAGCACAUGCGAAGCUGUUAGAGAUUGACUGGUCGCCAGCGAUUGGCCCGGGCCUUGCACUUGGUUAUGUGGACAAGCAUGAUCUCUCAAAAGAACAGAACAUGUGGGGCUCUGUCAGGAGAGACGAGUCCAUUUUUGCUGAUGGUGUAGUUGAAUCUCAUGGCCAGGUCAUUGGGAUGGUAUAUGCCGAAACAGCGCUCCAGGCCCGGAAGGCUGCUAGAUUGGUGAAGAUUGUUUACGAAGAUCUCCCUGUGAUUCUAACCAUUGACGAGGCAAUUGCAGCUAAAAGUUUCUACGCUCACGGAAGACAGUUGAGGAAAGGUGCCGCCAUUCGGUCAGAUAUGGGAGAGGCAUUUGGAAAAUGUGAUUCUGUUUUUGAAGGAACCAUUAGGAUGGGAGGCCAAGAGCACUUCUAUCUGGAGACCAACGCGGCUCUUGCUGUUCCGCACUCAGAGGACGGGACUAUGGACAUCUGGUCCUCAACCCAGAAUACGAUGGAAACACAGGAGUUUGUAAGUCAUGUCACUGGAGUCCCGAGCAACCGUAUCAAUGCCAGAGUUAAACGAUUAGGCGGCGGAUUUGGGGGAAAGGAGUCAAGGAGUGUUCCCAUUGCUUGCGCGCUUGCAGUCGCCGCAAAAAAGGAGAAGCGCCCUAUGCGAUGCAUGCUUGACAGGGACGAAGAUAUGAUCACAAGUGGUCAGCGUCAUCCGAUACAAGCGCGUUGGAAGGUAGGUGCAAUGAGGGAUGGCACAUUGAUUGCCUUGGAUAUGGACAUCUACAACAAUGCAGGAUAUUCAUAUGACAUGAGCGGUGCAGUCAUGGAUCGAUGCUGUACCCAUGUCGACAGCUGCUACGAGAUUCCAAAUGUUCAUAUCCGUGGUCAUGUAUGCAAGACCAACACUCACAGCAACACAGCUUUCCGAGGAUUUGGUGGACCCCAGGCCAUGUUCAUCACGGAAAGUUUCAUGUCAGCUGUGGCAGAAGGUCUCGACAUCUCUGUAGAUGAGCUCAGGCUCAGAAACCUGUACAAGAACGACGAUUACACGCCGUUUCUACAAAGAAUUGACGAAGAUUGGCAUGUUCCCCAACUUCUUUCGGAAAUUCGGAAGGAAUGCAAGUACGAUGAGAGAAAGUCUAACAUUGAGAAUUUCAACCAGCAAAAUCGAUGGAAGAAACGGGGGAUCAGUUUGAUACCAUCGAAAUUUGGUAUAAGCUUUGCCACUGCGGUUCACCUCAACCAAGCCAGUGCGGUUGUGAAGGUCUUUGCAGAUGGCAGUGUACUUUUGCAUCACGGCGGCACAGAAAUGGGACAAGGUUUGUACACCAAAAUGUGUCAGGUGGCUGCCCAGGAGCUAGGUGUACCUCUUGAUGCAGUCUAUACUUCAGACACAUCCUCAUACUAUACUGCGAAUGUGUCUCCGACUGCAGCGUCAUCUGGAAGCGAUUUGAACGGUAUGGCCAUCAAGGACGCCUGUGACCAACUUAAUGCUCGGCUGAAGCCUUACUGGGAAAAGUUUGGAAGCGACGCCGACAUGAAAACUAUUGCUCAUGCGGCGUACAUGGACCGUGUAAACCUUUCUGCGAGUGGGUUUUGGAAAAUGCCAAAAGUUGGCUUCACGUGGGGUAACUACGAUAUUGAAACAGUGAGGCCGAUGUACUAUUACUUCACUCAGGGCGUGGCGUGUAGCGAAGUAGAGAUUGACCUGCUUACCGGCGAUCAUACAGUCCUACGAACUGACAUCAAGAUGGAUGUCGGCCGCUCUAUCAACCCUGCAAUAGACUAUGGACAGAUAGAGGGCGCUUUUGUUCAAGGCCAGGGCUUGUUCACAAUGGAGGAGUCGCUCUGGACACAGAACGGACAGCUUUUUACACGAGGCCCUGGUACCUACAAGAUCCCUGGGUUCAGCGAUAUUCCCCAAGAAUUCAAUGUAAGCUUUUUGCAAGGAGUAUCUUGGAGCAAUCUCCGUACCAUACAAAGCAGCAAAGGGAUCGGCGAACCUCCCCUAUUCCUUGGCGCAUCGAUUCUUUUCGCAAUCAGGGAUGCUUUGCAGAGUGCGAGGAAAGAUAAUAAAAUCACAGAACAAUUGAUACUUGACAGCCCUGCAACUGCCGAGAAAAUUCGGCUGGCUGUUGGAGACGAUAUCUUGAAGAUGAGCACCGUCUCACGAAAGACCGGCGAGAGACCCUUCUUCAUUACUGUCGCCUAG